GCUGCGGAGUCAGGCGGCGACGGCAGGGGUUGCCCAGCUGUUCCAGUGCGGCAAUGGUCCCUCCUCCCAGCUGCGCCUGCCUCAUCUCCCCCCACCCAGCAGCCCGUCCCUCCCCUCCGCCGCUCCCGACGCUGCAGCCGCUGCCGCCACCUCCUCCUCGUCCCAACCCCCAGCCUCCCUCUCUCCCUCCCUCUCUCUCUCUCUCUCUCUCUCCCCAUCUCCUCUCCUCUCCUCUCUCUCUCUGUCCGGUUUCUCCCUUUCCCGCCGGCGGCGGCCCUGGCAGAGUAGGCACCGCAGGGCGGAGAGGGGCGAAAACCUCCAUGUAACACCAUGACAGGCAUCGCCGCCGCCUCCUUCUUCUCCAAUACCUGCCGCUUCGGGGGCUGCGGGCUGCCCUUCCCAACCCUGGCGGAGCUCAUCGAGCACAUCGAGGACAACCAUAUCGAUACAGACCCACGUGUAUUGGAGAAGCAAGAACUACAACAGCCAACUUAUGUUGCUCUCAGUUACAUUAAUAGGCAUCGCCAUUGUUGCAGGUUUAUGACUGAUGCAGCUCGGCGAGAGCAGGAAUCCCUGAAGAAAAAAAUCCAGCCUAAACUCUCCCUGACUCUAUCAAGUUCAGUGUCCCGGGGGAACGUAUCUACUCCUCCACGCCACAGCAGUGGGAGCCUUACUCCACCAGUCACGCCACCCAUUACCCCUUCCUCGUCGUUUCGUAGCAGCACACCCACAGGUAGCGAGUAUGAUGAGGAGGAAGUAGACUAUGAAGAUUCAGACAGCGAUGAGUCCUGGACUACAGAAAGUGCCAUCAGCUCUGAAGCUAUCCUAAGUUCCAUGUGUAUGAAUGGAGGAGACGAAAAACCCUUUGCUUGUCCUGUCCCUGGCUGUAAAAAGCGAUAUAAGAAUGUGAACGGUAUAAAAUAUCAUGCCAAGAAUGGCCACAGAACACAGAUACGUGUGCGGAAGCCAUUCAAAUGUCGUUGUGGGAAGAGUUACAAGACAGCUCAGGGUCUGCGGCACCAUACAAUCAAUUUCCACCCACCAGUGUCUGCUGAGAUUAUCAGAAAGAUGCAGCAAUAACAUGCUGGUCACAAAUGUGCCAAGGAAUCCUCACCAGCAGUUGCUGAUUUUGAAGACAGCCACCUUCUCUGGGGAAGCACUGAGCAACCCCGUAAAGAAUUUAAAUUGCAUGCUUUACAAUUUUUCUGUAAUUUUGGAAUGAUGUAUCUUUGUAGAGUUAAUGAUUUUGUACAUUUGCACAUGUAAUCAUCAUGCCCAUAUACGUUAGUUUGAUAUAAAGGUGCUAAAAGCUACAGGUUUUCUGGAGUAUUUCCCUCCCCCUAAAAGGAGAAUUAGGGUAUGCUGUAUAUUUAGUUGCUCUGCAGUGUUAAAAUAAGAAUGGGGAAGGGGAGGAGGAAAGCUUGGCACUGAGAACUUCAAGAUUGUAAUGUGAUUGAAGAAAUUCAACACAUCAGUUCCCAUGUGCUUGCAAAACCAAAACAAUUCCCCAUUAUCCACCUGGUUAAUAUGCCUUAUGUAAUAGAGAUAUCUGUGGGAUAGGAAGGUUUUAGGUAUUGGAAUUAUAAAUAAGAGAAUGUUUAACAUAUGCUAAAAAUAUUUUCAUACUCAGAUAACAUACAUAAAAGGUGUGCUUGCUGUAUUUUAUAUUACCUUGCAAAUUCUUUAGCUCUCUGAAAUGCUGAAAAUCUUUGCAUUUGAACUAGUAAACCAUUCAUUCUAGCAUUAGAAUUCCUACUCCUGUCUGCAAAGGAUGCUAUAUAAUGUUAAAUGACCCACCACAAUUCCAGAAGACCAAGUUCUCCUGGUCUCGUUCUUCUUUAAUAUCUACUACUAGAAGACAUUUGGAAAUAAAAGUGCAAAUUUGUGAGGGAGAAAUUAUCUUCAUCUUAGAUGAAGUUCUUAAAGCACUUUGUAGUUCUCGAUUGCCAACAAAUUUAAAUGUUUUAUGUAUUGCCAACACUUGCAGCCCCUGUACUAGUAUGGACCAGUGGUUGCAAAUAAAAAAUUCUAGGAUGUUUUAAUGAGGUACAUUAUUUGUGUUAAGGGAGUUUCAAGUUCCAUUUACAUUGUACCUUCAGAUUUUUGUAUAUAUAAUAUAUAUUUUCUAACUUACUGUGGGUUGUUGCAUUCCACAAGUUUAGCAUUAAAAGUUUAUUUCUGAACUAUGAGACAUCAUGAGCCUUACUGAAAUGAAGUGCUUCUUGAAUCAGGUACUCGGUGAUAGAUCUGAUAGAUGAUAGAUCUAUCAGAGAGAUACUUGUGUCUGGACCAUACCUGAAUGCUUUGUUUAUUUGAUGCUCUCCUGCCUUCAUUAUUGUCCUCUUGUGUAAGUGAAAGUUAACAGUUUAGGUAGUAUGCAAAGCUACAGGUUAUAUCCACUUAUGUCAAACUCGGAGUAGACCCAAUGACCCCAAUUCACUUUAGUCGUAAGCAACUUACAUCCCUCAUUCCAUUGCGUCUACUCCAACUAUGACAGUUGGAUACAACCCUAUGUUAUUAAAACUGAGAGGUUGUCUCCCUCAUGAGAAAAAGUUAAGUUUUAAAGGUAAUCCUCGUCUGUGUACUUAAGUAUUUAUAUAUGUAUAUUACAUGGGAAAUGCAAGUCUUCAUUCUUUUAGAACAAAUAAUCCCUUGCCCCUCAAUCUUUAAUUAAAAAAGAUUUUUCAGAACUUCUGAAUCUCUCAUAAUGAGGGUCAAAAAGAAUUUCAAACGGAGCCUCUUUAAAAACAAACCACCCUCAACCAUAUUCAGAAAACUAUACAUUCUAUAUAGCCCAUGUAAGGCAGCCUUCUGCAACCAGGUGCUCUGUAGAUGUUUUGAACUGCACCUGUCCUCAGCCUGAGGCCGAUGGGUGUUGUAAUCAAAAACACGCAGAGAGCACCAGGUUGGGAAAGGCUGGGGUAAUGGUUGACCCAGACAUAAGAAUCUAUUGCACUCAAAGCUCUACUACACAGCAUCUAAUGUUUCAGUGUCAUUUCACUCUGCUCUCAGUAAAUGAAGGCAGGGCUAACCCUAUUGAACAGAUAAGCAAAAUGUUGCAUGUCGUUCCCUUUCCACUAUUACAAUCAACUUGCUAUUUACCUAGUCAGUGUGACAGUAUUAAAACAGGUAAAAAUGGGACUAUUUUGUUAUACUGUGUAUAGUGAAUGUAUUGUACUGUGUCUGUGAUAAUGUGCUUUAAAUUAUAUUUUCCUAUAUUUUGUUGGGGACAAAGUUCAUUAAGUUUGGAAGUCACAAGAGGUUUGUUUUAGAACUCAGCACCACAAAGUACGUACAAUUUUCUUUCCAUUAAAGCUGCUUAUAAUGUACAUUGAACCACAUUUAAUAAAUUGCCUCCGACCCAG